ACCUCACCCGAAUAAAGCAAAGGCUGAUUUAGAAGCCGGUGCUAUUUUUUUUUAUUAUUAUUAUUUUAGCAUUAAAACGGCCUGAUGUGUACUCUGUGAAAAUAUUAAUUUAUAUGUAUAAGUCGUGGUGGCCUGAGACCGUACGUCGGCAUUCGUUGGUUGGUUCUGCUUGACCAGAUCACAUGAUCCGAUGUUAACAGCUUGUUAGCAGCUAGCUGCGUUAGCGCCAGAGUUCACCAGGAAACGGUACGACCUAACGUUACUUUGAGACACACUGAGGCAAGAAGCUGUCAGACAGAUGCAUUAAGCUCAGUUAAAUUAUCUGGUGGUUUAUUUGUCUUUGAAUCAGCUGCCUGAAAUCUAACAGUAAGUGUGCCUGCUGUCCGGAAAGCAGGAAAACAGGUCUUAUCUCUGUGUUACAGUUAGUUGAACGUUAACUGAAUGGCUGCACUCUUCAACAUUAAACUAAUGAGCAUGUGACCAGAGACUGGGGUUUAUCAGCACAGAUCUGGACAAGUGGAUGAGAUCCAAAUCAAUCUAGGGUUCAUUAUUUCAAAAGUGUUGGAUUUGGGAGUGAAUAGUCAUGACAACAAAGACAUCCCUGCUGAAAGUCAUUCUGCUGGGUGAUGGUGGUGUAGGAAAGAGCUCCAUCAUGAACCGUUACGUGCCCAACAAGUUUGAUGCACACCUUUUUCACACCAUUGGUGUCGAGUUCCUCAACAAGGAUCUGGAGGUGGAUGGCCCCCAAGUUACCCUUCAGAUCUGGGACACAGCUGGCCAGGAGCGUUUCCGCAGCCUGAGGACUCCUUUCUAUCGUGGCUCUGAUUGCUGCCUCCUCACCUUCAGUGUAGAUGACAGCCAGAGUUUUCUGAACUUGGGCAACUGGAAGAAGGAGUUUAUCUACUACGCAGAUGUCAAGGAGCCAGAGAAGUUCCCAUUCGUAGUCUUGGGCAACAAAUUGGAUGUGACAGAGAGGCAGGUAUCCAGCGAGGAGGCGCAGCAGUGGUGCAAGGAGAAUGGUGACUUCCCCUAUUAUGAGACCAGUGCCAAGGAUGCCACCAAUGUAGCGGUGGCCUUUGAGGAGGCGGUGCGUAGAGUGUUGGCAGUGGAUGAAAGAACAGACCACCUCAUCCCCACGGACACAGUCAAGCUUCACAGAAAGCCUCGCUCUGCUACCACUUGCUGUUCAUAACACCCAGGAGUUAUCACUAACAUGAAUUCACAAUUAGGUUCAUUAUAGGAUGAGAAUGUAGAUGUACAGUUCUCUAGUAACAUCUUAUUUAAACAAACUGCGCUACUGGCUUUGUGAUUUGUUCUGCUGUUGAUGGUUUGAUAAUACAAAGUGUUGGAUUUCAGUUGGGGGGAGAGAAAAGGAAAAAAACACUACAAAUCAAUGCCUGUGUAAUUAUAAAUAAAAUUAUACAAGCACUGAAUCAGUGACUCAACACUGCCACAAUCCAUAAAGUCAGGCUUUAAAAAGGAUAGCAGAAAAAAAAAAAUGUUGACCCAAAACAACUUAUACUCCUAAAGUUCAGUGCUUUACAAAAGGUUAAAGUUUUCCAUCACUUAAAAAAAAAAAAAAAAAAAAAAAAAACUUUUUAAAAUCUUUCCUUAGUUAUGUACAAGCUGCGGAGUUCAGUUACUGUAGGAUUUCUACACUCCCUAAUAUAGUAAUACAGAGUGGUGACUUGAUAUAUGUAUGAAAUAACUGCAGUAUUGAAAUAAAACCUACCAAUAAACUUAUUUCUGAAAAUUAUGAAGUAGCUAAGGAACCAUUUUGUACAACUAACAAAUUGAAGCUUGUUAUUGUUGCACCUUUAGGGCUUGUUUGUGCACAUUCUGCAUUGAGGAUACAUUAUGGCUGUGUGCUGAAAGCAAUGAGGGCUUAAUUCCCUAAGAGAAAAUGAAUAUUAAAAUAGAUUUAACAUGCAUGGCAUUCAGAAUAUUUAUGUUCCUGGAAAUUUUUAUAUUUUGUGAGCUUUUUACCUUUGGAAAAAAAAAAUGCUGAAUCUAACUAUAAGAAUAAAUAAUGGAGUAGUGACAUUUCUUUGAUGGGAUUUAGCUAAUUAUCUUUAACACACAUUUUUUUAAUGUGUUUCCAGCUGAAGGUCUCCCCAUAGUAAUUUAAAAUUGUGAACCAUCUGUUUCCUGUAACUUUCAAAUGUCAUUUCUAUUCAAAGUUGUACUACUGGCAUGCCAAAUGAUAAAUAAACCCACUGAGAAUU